CCGCAAAUAAAAAUUAUUCAAAACCCUAUCAAAAUGUCUGACAACAUCCCUUUUGAUAUUCAAACGGAAAUCAUUCAGAGAAUCCCAGAUACAAAAACGGUGAUUCGGUACCGAUCGGUGUCGAAGGCGUGGAAGUCUGUAAUCGAUAGCAAGGAGUUUGUUGCCGCUCAUGCCCUCCGCUAUCAGGCGAGACCUCAUCUCCUUAUAAGGAAACGAGAUUGCAGUGAUGGACGGGUAAAAUAUGUGUCUAUUGUCGACGAUGACACUUUCCCAAAUCAAAAGGUUAGUGUGUUUGUUCCCGAUUUGGUUAAUAAAUUUAGUCAUAAUUCAGAAAUAGUCGGUAGUUGUUUUGGCCUGUUUUGCUUAUACGAUGAUAAAACGAGUACCGCUGUUAUCUGGAACCCUGCCAUCAGAAAAACUUUUGCUAGUAAGGUACCUAAAGUGUCACGUGAAUGGUACUAUACGACUACUAUUGGUUUUGGUGUUUGUCCUCAGAAUCUUGACCCUAAGCUUGUCAAGAUUGCAUAUGCUUAUGAUUUGAGUAGAUUACAUGAUCUAAAUGCUAGCACCCAAGUUGAGGUAUUUACGCUAAGUUCGGGAGGGACGUGGAGAAGUCCAUUAUGUAGCAACCUUCCUCAUAAAUCCAUUCGAUUUGGAUUUUCUCAGGCAGUUGUAGACGGGUUUAUAUAUUGGGAUGCUGUUGAUCGGACUAAUGUUGUUCUUAUAAUCAUGUCAUUUGAUUUGACAAGUGAAGAAUUCACCAAAGUAAACCUCCCUAAUCGUUUAGCACUCUACCCUUAUGCCGAUUUGUAUGCAUCUAAUCUAAGGGAGUCUCUUGUUGUUCUCGAGUUAGAUAUGUACACUCAGAGAGAAUUUUGUGAUGUAUGGAUGAUGAUUGGGCAUGGUAGUACUAGAUCCUUUAAUAAGCUAUAUUCCAUUAAAACACCUGAUGCAUCAAUACGUACAACACUGGGAUUCCGAAAGAAUGGUGCACCGAUAAUUGAAUUGGAAAAUGUCAAUGAAGAUUUUUUGAAUGAUGAAAAUGAACUUUUUAUUUAUGAACCAGAAUCAGAAAACAUCGCUCAUAUCGGAAUUCAUGGAUUACGCGGUAAAUUUUUUGUGCAUUCCUACAAGGAAACACUACUUUUGCUUGGCCAAUAAUAGAGGACAAACAUGGUGACCACAUUGCAAAAGGUGCAUAUGAAUAGAUGACUUUUGAAAGAUGCAAGCAAAGUUCUAGAGAUUCGAGUACAACUUUCAUGCAGAUUAAAAGCUAAGAAAUUUUAACACAUUUCGUAUGGAUCCCUGUUUUUGUUAUCUGUGCGUUCCAUGUUUAACAUUAGUUAGGUUGGAUCUUACUUCAUUGUAAACAUUUUGCACUAUUACUUUUUGUUGGUCUGUGCUUCAA